AUGUUGACAAUUGAUUAUGCUAAAUGGGUAUAUGAUGACGAAGGAACGUUGAUAGCAAAAGUGAAGUUACUUGCUGACUGGCUCCGAAAAAGUAGAUGUUGCGUUGUGCACACUGGAGCUGGAAUAAGUACUGCAGCAGGAAUUGCAGAUUUUAGAGGCCCAAGAGGUGUUUGGACGUUAGAGAAGCAAAACUUGUCUGCGGAGAGCAUAGACUUUAAUCUUGCAGAACCUACAUUUUCUCAUAGAGCUCUAAACGCUUUAGAGGCAGAAAAUAUUGUCAAGUUUGUUGUGACACAGAAUGUAGAUAGUUUGCAUGUCAAGGCUGGCUUCCCGUUAAAUCGUUUAGCAGAACUUCACGGAAAUGUUUUCGCAGAACGAUGUGAAAAGUGCAGGAGAAAGUAUUAUCGGGAUACUGUAGUGGGAAGCGUUGGCCUGAAAAAAACCGGUCGAAAAUGUGAGGGCAACAAAAAUAGGCCUUGUCGAGGAGAAUUACGGGAUGAGUUACUUAACUGGGAGGAUGAACUGCCUGAAGAAGAACUUAAAAUGGCUAAGCAGUUUUCCCAGGCAGCAGAUCUCAGUAUUUGUUUGGGUACGACGUUACAAAUUGUUCCGGCAGGUAAUCUGCCUCUAUACGCCAAGAAGAACGGUGGUAAAUUUGUAACAGUCAAUUUACAAGAAACGAAGCAUGAGAAAAAGGCGGAUCUGGCAAUAAAAGGUAAGAUCGAUGAAGUUAUGAAAUUAUUGAUGGAUGAAAUGAAAAUUGAAGUUCCCUUGCCAAAAGACAGCGUAGAAAUCGUAAGUGAGUCAUCGUUUCCGUUAGAAAAGUUCAAAAGACGACGAAUAUGUAAAUAA